AUGCUGAUCGAAGCACACUCUGGUACGAAAGUCAAGCUCCAACAUGUCGCCGACCCGCAUCCAUCGAGAAGAGCGACGCAAGGUGCAGAGAGCCUUGCGGUCCAGGCAAAAGGUAGCCCAUGGAUGCUGUUCAACAAGCAAGCCAGAAUCUGGUACACUGACAACAACUUGCACCACUUGGAGUCUUUUGAUAUCUUCGAAGCAGUCUUUGCCGAUGGAGAUCACACUGCCAAGAUGAGACUGAAUGCUGUCCAACAGAGGAUCCUUCCUGUGCUAUCUCAGAAUGUCAUUGCCACCAUAGGCAUACCAAGAACAAGUGGAUUGGUGCUAGACAAGGCGUCUAUUAAACAUCUCCAGAACCGGAGUACGGGCCUUGCUCGCUUUGGACUCGAUCUCCAUCGAGCUUCUCAUCCCAAAUGUGUCUGCGAACCUAUAAUGCACGGGUUCUUCUUGAAUCAACUGAGCUCAAACGCCUCUGCAGUACAAGACACGAAGUAUUUCCAUAUCGUUAAGCGAGUUGUCGAAGCACUCAAUGAGUUGAAGCAAAAACAAAAGCAGGGCGAGAUUCGGUUUGUCGCCAGCACCUCUGAUGGCUUCCUCACGAAUCCAAAAGGCUUUUUCGGCUUCUUCGAACCUUAUCGAUCUCUCAACAUCACCUAUACUGUUUACGAGGGAGAGUUCGAUCGUCCUCGAAUCAUGAAAGUUUUGAAUAUCCUUCGAGCGAUUCAGGAAAUCGACCAAGGAACAAAAACAAAGAGAACGAUGAGCGUAACCUUGUCAGCCACACCAUUGCUCACCUCUUUUGAAAAGCUCACGUGUGCCUUUUAUCUGGCGUCUGAGCCAGUUUGA